GUUUCAUAGGUUGCUCAUUCGUUGCUUCGUUCAGUGUCACAACACUUAACACAAUAUUAUUUUAUAUUCUUCAAAAAAAAAAAAAGAAAAAAAAAAGAAAUAUAAAGUUCUACUCGGAAUGUAUCUAUCUUCCAUUUCACAUUUUAUUUGUAAUAUUAUUAAUUAAUAAAACUUUGGGAUUAUAUUUAAUGGGAUUAUCCUUCGUUGAGACAGGCUGACAAAGACCAGCAAGGUAGUAAAUCGAAGAAUGAAAUAGCCAUGAUUGGAUUAGGAAACGAGUUGGAAGAUAAGCCAUUGGCAGAAUACUUUUCCAUAUAUUCUAUAAAACGGUGACAGAUCAUUCAAUGGCAACCAUGGAUAUACAAAAGAAACAACUUUGUCCACGUUUGGUGGACUAUCUUGCAAUCGUUGGAGCACGAUCAGCUCCAAUUUCUCGUCAACCUGUUCAGGUUCCAGAAUUAUUACGCAGAUAUCCAGUGGAGGAUCACAAAGAUUUUCCUUUACCUCUGGAUAUGGUGUAUUUUUGUCAACCAGAAGGUUGCAGCAGUGUGGGACCUAAACGCACAGCUUUGAGGGAGGCCACAUCUUUCACUUUCACCCUUACUGACAAGGAUUCUGGAAAAACAAGAUAUGGCAUUUGCGUGAAUUUCUAUCGACCAAUAGAAAGGGCUGGAACAAAUGCACGGGGUGGAAUUUCAAUGAGACGAGACAAAUACAAUACAACGUUUAGAAGAGAAAGUUGGAGGAAGAGUAUGGAAAAGAGUACGGAUUCAGCAUUUUCUAGCGACUAUAGAAGCAGCGCAGUUGGUCCAAGUGAUUCGGAAAAAGAUUGUUCAAGUAGUAGAAGAGAUUCUGAUACCUCUCAUGCACCUUAUGCACCUAGAUUAGGUGUUACAGCACCUAGUGGUGACAGUGAAAGUGGUGGCAGUCAUUCACCCUCUCCACGAGCUUCACGAAGACGACAGAGGAUUCGAAAUCAUUCUUUGACAUCACUUUGUAUUAUUUCUCAUCAUCCAUUUUUUUCAAUGUUCCGUGAAUGUUUGUUCGUUUUGAAGAAAAUCAUUGACGCUUGCAACGAUAAUUCGACUCCUCAAAAAGUAGGAGCUUCCAGACAAACUAACAGAGAUUCAGUUUGGAGUGUUCUUAGUGGUCAAGUCUUGGAAGGUACACCGUCCAUCGUGUUACACGAUAUUCGGGAAAUAGAAACGUGGAUUUUGAGAUUGCUGAGCAGUCCAGUACCCGUACCAACGAAAACCCGUGUAGAAAUAGAAGUAGUCUCGCCACAAAUACAACCACCACUUUGUUUUGCAUUACCUGAUCAUACAAGAUUUUCUUUGAUUGAUUUCCCAUUACAUUUGCCACUCGAAUUACUUGGCGUUGAAAUAUGUUUAAAAGUUCUUACAUUAAUAUUAUUAGAAAAUAAGAUCGUAUUACAAUCCCGUGAUUACAAUGCUUUGUCAAUGUCGGUAAUGGCAUUCGUCACGAUGAUCUAUCCCUUAGAAUACAUGUUCCCUGCAAUACCAUUAUUACCAACCUGCAUGAGUUGUGCGGAACAAUUAUUACUAGCCCCGACCCCAUACAUCAUCGGAAUACCUGCAUCUUUUUUAAUGUAUAAGAAAAAUUUCAAAAUGCCCGACGAUGUUUGGCUCGUCGAUCUUGAUAGCAAUAAAAUAACUGCACCUCCUGGUUUGGUGGAUCAAUUACCGUCCUUACCUGAACCGGAAGGUACCAUACUAAAGAACCAUUUGAAACAAGCAAUGCAACUGAUGGAUCAAGUUGGCUCUGGUACAAUGGGUAGUAUGUCAGCUUCACAAGCCAUACCCCAAGAUACUUGGCCCUCAUCACGCUUGUCUUCRCAAUCACCAAGCAGAAGAGAAAGCACAGCUUCUCAACAUUAUCAAAAUUUAAGCGUCUCGACAACGAGACACAGGCCAAGUGUUGAUUAUCAACAUGGUCACGUUCAACAAAACCCAUUGGGUGGAAAUAUAUCACAGUUACGUCGUCCAUCAUUGUCAGCAGCACUGACAUCAGUUUCAACAUCUGGAGGAAGUGGUACACCUUCUCCUUCAUCAUCAUCAUCACCAGUAAUUAUACCUGGGACCAUGACAGGUGGUGGAACGUCAACAUCAACAACAACAACAACAACAUCGACUAUGGCACCACCCUUUAAUCCUUUUAUCUAUGGAAAUGACGUUGAUUCGGUUGAUGUAGCAACAAGAGUUGCUAUGGUUCGAUUCUUCAAUUCGCAAAAUCUUUUAGCCAACUUUACCGAACAUACACGAACCUUGAGACUUUAUCCUCGACCCGUGGUUGCAUUUCAAAUCAAUUCGUUUCUUCGUUCACGACCAAGGGCUAGUCAAUUUUUAAACAAAUUUGCUCGCACGCAAGCAGUCGAGUUUCUUGCUGAGUGGUCAUUAACACCAAGUAACGUUGCUUUUUUGAGAGUACAAACUGGUGUCUUUGAUCCUACCCAAAUCGGUGAUAAACCUAAAUGGUACGCUGCUGGUCUUGAACCGAUACAUUUCAAAGUUUGGGAUAAUUCUAGUUCAUUGGCAAAUGCAAUGAAUGCAUUGAAAGAAUUGGAAAGUCAACCGACAGAUGAAAGUGGCUCGGAUUCGGAAGGUGCUGAAAGUACCAGUUCAUCUUAUUCAUCUUUAAGUGAUUUUGUUUCGGAAAUGGCAUCAUCUGAUUUAUCACCAAGUUACAAUUGUCCUCAAGUAAGUCAACCACAACAAAUGGCACUUUCGAUAGAACUAAAGAACAUUUACAAUCCACCAAGUUCAUUGCAAUAUCCUGGAGUAGAAGAGGAAUCACCAGCACGACCAGAAAGCCCACCAAGUACAUCAUCCAGUCACAGUGAUCUCAGCAGUCCAAGUUUCAACAGAGAUUCCGAAUUAGAAUUAAAUCCAAAAGCUAUGGAAACAUCUCAAUCGGCCAAUGUUAUGCCCAGUGGAACGAGUCUUCAAAGACAGCCAAGUGUUGGCAAUGUUUUGGCAAGAACGUCAAGUUUUGGAUCUAGUACGAGCCCACUUUUAACUCGACAAUUAAGUGGUAGUAUGGAUAGUGAAACACUUGUUGCAUCUCGUCAACAAGUGGCAUCUGGUUCACCUAAUGGACACAAGAACAACAAUGCUGGAUUGCCUGGGAAUGGUGUCAUGAGACAAGGAUCUCAGGGCUCGUUGUUUGAACAAAUUGCAACUCAAGCUAAAGAUCUCGUACGAGAAACAACCAGACAAAGUAGUCAAGAUGGACUUCUUGCUCAUAUGGACAAACUAAAGCAUCAAGCAAAGGAAAAGAUCACCGAAGCAGGUGAAGAUAGUUUGUUUGCACCACUGGAACAGUUGACACAACAAACGAAGAAGGCUGUAGGUGAAGCUACAAAAUCUGUUCAAGAGGCAUCCAAAACUGCAAUAGAAGCAAGCAAGACAGCUGCAGGUGUCAGCAAAAAUACUUUUGACGAUUUAACAUACAUGGGUAAAAGUACGUUCGGUGAUUUAACCAAGAGUGCUAAAGAGGUUGCAACAAAAAAGGGUCUGCUUAAGGGUCUCGGAGAAUCACAACAAUUUUCACCACCACAUACACCACCAUCACCAGGUGUAACGCAAAGAAGAGAAUCAUCAAGUACACAAUUGGUUGCUUCGGAUAAUCGUUCAGCACGUAGAGAAAUUGGUCAAAAUUUUUUCAGCACCUUCAGCAGCGAUUUGAAUGGCAUUGCUGCUCAAACAAGCAGCAUGUUCAGCGAUUUAUUUGGUAGUAGAAACAAUUCUAAUCGAAAUAUUGCACAGUCACAAAAAUCCAAGGACAAAUCUGGACACUUUCCUAAAGGUUCAGGUAAAACAGGUCUCGUUGAGAAUUCGUCAUUGAUAAAACAUUCCUCGAUGAAAGCUAAUCAAGAAGAAAUGCAAAGGAUGCAAAAUGCAGAACGGUCUAGUACAAACAGUGACAAUCAAACCUUCUUGAAAGACGUGGUAACACAAGUUUUAGCUGGUGAAGGUGUUGGAUGGCUUAAAUUGAAUAGAUUGAAGAAACUCAUGGAAGAUGAAAGCUAUCGAGACCUGGUAGUAACGAAACUAAAUAAAGGACUUAACAGAAAAAUAAGUCCAGAUGAUCAUAUCGACGAUGUGUGUAUCUCCAAACCAGUUUAUAAGGGAAUGCUAAAGUGCCUUCAAGCAGUGGUUCAUGGUCUUGGUCAUACUUAUCAUAAUUUUGGAUUAGGUGGAAUGGCUUCUGUAUUUCAAUUGAUGGAAAUUGCUCAUACGCAUUAUUGGAGCAAGGAUUUAUCCGAGGGUGGUUUUGAUGGGUCACUUUUAUCACAGGCAUCGAGCCCAUUUGGUAGCAAAGAAAAUUUGAAGUCACCACAAUCUCCAAAUCAAGGUGAACUUCUAGAUAUAUCUCAAAGAUUACGAAGUCCACAAACACAAGAAACAACAUCUCAAGUACAACUUGAGUUACCCCAUGGACAGCAUGGGAGUGACAGUGGCCAAUCAACAACUGAUAUGUUUUUGGAUAUGUUUAGUAAAAAGAAAAAGUUUUUGUGCAAGCUAACGUCAUUCGAUUCCGAGAGUGGGCGGGGAGGUGGAACAGGAAGCAGCGAAGCUUUGUCCACUGACGGAGGUAGCAUUAUCACUAAUCCUGCUUUUCGUCAAUCACAUCAAGCUUCUUUCCGAAGCACCGUGUCUGAUAGCGAGGUCGAACAAGGCAAUUUUCCACGUCAAGGAAAACAACGUACAGGUAGCGUCUGGUCCAGUAAAUCAUCGUUGAGUACAGGCUUCAGGUACCAUGGUGGAAAUUUAAUCUCUACCACACCAAUGUCUAGUCCUGAAACGGCACGAACUUAUCUUUUCGAAGGUCUUUUGGGUAAAGAAAGAUCAAAUCUUUGGGACCAAAUGCAAUUUUGGGAGGAUGCAUUUUUAGACGCAGUAUCUCAAGAACGAGAUAUGUUGGGUAUGGAUCAGGGUGCAGGUGAAAUGAUGGAAAGGUACAAGAGUUUGAGCGAUAGCGAAAGACGUCGAUUGGAACACGACGAGGAUAGAUUGUUGUGUUCAUUGUUGCACAAUUUAACUGCAAUUUUGGUAAUGUUGAAUGUUGAGAAAAACGAGGUUAAACGUAAAGUACGUAGAUUGUUGGGAAAGAGUCACAUCGGUUUGAUUUACAGUCAAGAACUCAAUCAACUUCUUGAUCAGAUAAACAAUCUCUAUGGUAACGAUAUCGAUUUAAAACCAUUGACAUCGCGACAAAUGCAUCGUCAAUCGUUCACCGUUCACGCAGGGGUUGAUGCAGAGGGUGAUUUAAGAUUUCUCGAAGUACGUCACGAUGGUCUUGUUUUAAGAUCGGUUAAUGGUGUUAUCGUAGAACGUUGGUGGUACGAACGUUUGGUCAACAUGACAUACAGUCCGAAAAACAAAGUUUUAUGUUUGUGGAGACGAAACGGUGGUCAAACACAAUUUCAUAAAUAUUAUACGAAGAAAUGCAAAGAUCUUUAUUAUUGUAUAAAAGAUGCAAUGGAAAAAGCCGCUGCACGUGGAAGAGGAGGAAACAUUGGGAUCGAAUUGGGAGGUGAAUUUCCAGUUCAAGAUAUGCGAACGGGAGAGGGUGGUCUUCUUCAGGUUUGCAUGGAAGGUGUUGGUCUUCUCUUCGCAAACAGCAAGGAUUUCGAGUUUUUUGUAAGACUCGAUCAUAUCCGCAAGUGCUUUACCCAGAAGGAUGGAAUCUUUGUUUUGGAAGAAUUCAAUCCUAAAACUAGACAAGUAAUUCAACGUAAAUAUAAGUCGCAAAUGGCAGAUCAAAUCUGUUACGCGGUACUCUGUGUAUUUUCUUAUUUGGCUGCUGGUUUAGAGCAACGUAAACCACAACAGCCAAAUCAAAAAUUACUUCAGCAACAACAACAGCAACAGCAGCAACAACAACAGCAACAACAACAACAGCAACAACAGCAACAGCAACAACAACAGCAACAACAACAGCAACAACAACAGCAACAAUAUCAGCAACAAUUGCGCCAACAGCAUCACAAACAACGUCAGCAACUAUUGCAGCACCAACAACACCACCAACAACAACAACAACAUCAGCAACAACAAUUACGUCAACAACAACAACAACAACAACAGAGACGUCAGUCGCAAGUGUCGCCAAGGGAUGAAAAUAUUCCUCACCAAGUUACACAGGGAAAUACGAACACGCAAUUUGAACCCUUUCCACAACAACAACACUGACACAAAGGCAGACACUCUCUCCCAUUCGUGCAUGAUUACAAUAAAUGCGCUCCUUACGCUUGCCUACCUUGGGUAUGAAUGAAAUUCUAACGUAAGAAAAAAAACAAAAACAAAAAAAAAAGGCACGAAUUGUACCCAUUUCAUUCUUCUUCAGCCUUGAAAAAUAAAUCUAAUAAAUGUUCGUCGGCGUGGUAUUUUCCUAAAUGAUAUGAAACAAAAAUAAUCUAAAUGAACAGCAAGCAAGCUAAGAGAAGCUUCGAAAUUCUUCAUCAUUUCUAAAUACGCUUUAGCCUGCUUUGUUUUUCCACUUGUUCGAUACUUCCAUUGUAACAUGUGAUAUAUGUAAUCGUACUAUUAA